AUGAGCUCUUACUUCGUCAACUCACUCUUCUCCAAAUACAAAACCGGGGACUCCUUGCGUCCCAACUACUAUGACUGCGGGUUCGCCCAGGAGCUCGGGGGCAGACCCACGGUGGUGUACGGACCCAGCGCGGGGGGCACCUUCCAGCACCCCCCCCAGAUCCAGGAGUUUUACCACGGCGCCUCCUCGCUCUCCAGCUCCCCUUACCAACAGAAUCCCUGCGCCGUGGCGUGCCAUGGCGACCCCGGCAACUUCUACGGCUACGAGCCCUUGCAAAGGCAGAGCCUCUUCGCCGCCCAGGACUCGGAGCUGGUGCAGUACACGGACUGCAAGCUGGCGGCCGGCGGCCUCGGCGAGGAGGCGGAGAGCGCGGAGCAGAGCCCUUCGCCCACCCAGCUCUUCCCCUGGAUGCGACCGCAAGCAGCCGCUGGACGGAGGAGGGGGAGGCAAACCUACAGCCGCUACCAGACGCUGGAACUGGAGAAGGAAUUUCUAUUUAAUCCCUACCUGACCCGCAAACGGAGGAUCGAGGUCUCGCAUGCCCUGGGAUUGACAGAAAGGCAGGUCAAAAUCUGGUUCCAGAACAGGAGGAUGAAAUGGAAAAAGGAAAACAACAAAGACAAGUUUCCCAGCAGCAAAUGCGAGCAGGAAGAACUGGAAAAACAGAAAAUGGAAAGAGCCCAGGAGGUGGACGAGGAAGGGGAAGCACAGAAGGCGGACAAGAAAUAAAAGGAUUUUUAAGGACUGAAAGGCAAGCGCUGCUGGGGUGGAAGAGCCCCUGAGUCCCACAUUAAUGGCAGUUAAUGUAAGGGAGGGGUGGGAAAAAACCAACAAUGCAUAGAAAAGAGAAAGAAAAAAAACCUUUUAUUGCUGUAAAACAAUAUAGCUGUAAGCACCACUUUCCUGAUUAUCCUUUGAUACAAUGAACAGUAUGCAAAAGUGAUCUGGAGGUCUCUCCAGCCUUUUGCCAGUUAUUAACUAGUGGUAGUGUAACGCAAUAGCUUAUGUAAAACAUGACUGUGAAAUUU